UUUGCCAUUUGCCAAGUUCUUUCUUGUUGGUAGCACUGAAAAACUGUCAACAUGGACAAGUGUCAAUGGUUUGACAAUAAAUAGUUAUGAUAAACCAGUAACCACAACAAAAGUAAACAUGAAUCCAAAGAAACCCUAUUUCGUUAAAUAUAACAAAUUUUUAAUUAAUAAGCAAACAGUGACACCGGAUAUUCGACAACACAUAGAAACUUUGAAUUCUGACGACGAUGCGCCAAAACAUUUUGCCUUUCAUAAAAUUAUGAUUAACAACUGGCCUACAACUCUAGACAUUCUUUUUGACAUUUUGAGUGAAUACUUCACCUGCGCACUGAUACCAGUCAGCCCAUCGGUUCAAGAUGAAAUCACAUCAUUCUACACAAACAAUUUGAAUUUUAUAUUAAAAAUAAUCAAAUUGGACUUUAAUUUUUUGUAUGAGAGAAUCAUUGUGAAUAUAGAUAUUAUUUACAAUGAUAAAACAUCAGUUGAUUUUUUCAAUAAGUAUGAAACAUUAAUUGAUGUAGUCUCUAGUGUUGUAAGUCAAAGAUUUGAGAACCGUGAAUUGGAUUUGUCAGAUUUUUGUAAUGAUGCAGAGUUCCUAACAAAGAAAAUUUAUUUCUACAAGCUGACUUUACUAUCACAUUUUAAAAUAAUGAUGCUGAGAAUUGGGAAGGAAACAAAAUCAUUAAACCUAAGCCGUAAUAACUUAUGGGAGCCACCAUCCUCUAUAUUAAACUUCUUCAUGAAAGGAGACCUCUCUUCUAUUAAUCUGAGUUAUAACAAUAUAAAAUCCCUGAACCAAUUGUUUUCACCAGAGAUGUAUUGUUACAAAAGUAAACUGGAAAAGUUAUGGUUAGAAGGCAACCCACUGUGUGAAGACUUAGACCCUCUGGCUUAUGUCAAGUCACUAAGGCUCAAAUUUCCUAAAUUGGUGGAAUUGGAUGGUAUAAAGUUGAAUCCAAAAACAGCAUUGAUUCCAUUCAUCAGAAAUUAUCUAGUGACCCCCAAUCAUUCCACAAAGGCGUUUGUUGAGGAGUUUUUAUCACUUUACUUUUGUUGUUAUGAUCAUCCGACGCGAUCAAAACUACUUCCAUUCUACAGCAAGAAUGCAACAUUAUCCUUAACAACCAACAGUCCAAUUUCAGCUUCUAAGGAACUGAGAAACUCUGUAUUGGAACCACCGAAGAAGUCAGGUGGAUACAGCAACUAUAAAUACAUAGGGCGUACGUCCGUACUAAAAGCUUUGCAACAAUGUCCCAAGAGUUUAACCGACAGAGAUUCACUCACUAUUGAUGUGCUAUUUUGUAGUGAAAAAUGUGUAGUUCUCGUGUUGGAUGGUAUGCACAUAGAACCGAAACACAAGGAGAACCACUUUACAUUCAGAAGAACGUUUACCUUCGAAAUAUUAAGGAAACGUGUGGUAAAAUGUUUGAUAAUGCACGAGAUGUUCACAUUGACUCACACCGUGCGGCACAACAUUGAAAAUACGAUAACUCCAUUAUGUCGACAUCCAAUUGCUCUUAAAAGUCCAGAUGCUGAGGAGAUAGAAGCAUUGCUGAAGAUAUUCACAUACUUAACAUGUCUGAAAUCGCCUGAAGCUAAAAAACGGUUGCGAGAUAGGCAGUGGGAUAUAAGACGAGCUCUUAUGCUAUUCAACACGGAUUUAAAAGCUAACAAAAUACCACCUGAUCAUUUUCUAGAAGUUGAAGAUAUGGAAAUUUCAGAUUCAGAUUCAGUAAUGGAUAUGGUAGAUUAAUUACAAUAAUAAAAUAAACAUAAUUGUUGUAA